ACACACACACACGCGCACACACACACUCCAUCUUUAACUGGGUCACUAGCUCACUGCAGUUUCAGCAAGCAAGUGAGGAAACAAGGAAGACAGGGAUAGCAGAAAUAACAAAAAUAAGAACGAGAGGAGAUCAAGAGAGAGUGUGUGUGUGUGAGAAAAGGAGACGAGAUACUCUGCGUGCUUUCUUCGUCUGUGUGAGCUCUGCUGUGAUUGACAGCCUUGUUCAUCCAACCAGCUCGCAGCCACUGCUUGAAUGAUGGGUGGUGAUUUGUCUGUCCUUGGGGAGGCUGGGUUGUGCAUGUGUGUAUCAGGAGCACAGCACAGGCAGUGGUGUUUGAGGAGCGAAUACACACUCUGUGUGCUCCUAGUGUGAGAGCGAGCGAGAGAGAGAGAGAGAGAGAGAGAGAGAGAAUCGGCACACUCACAUCUCCCUCCCUCAACCAGAUCUCUCCCUUUAUUCCUCUCGCUGUUGAUCACACGCCGCAGAGUUGAGUUUCAUUCCUGACUGGAAUAAUAUGUUACUCAGACCAGGAGGAUCUUCUACCCUUACGAUGGAAAUUGAUGUGUGUGACUGAUUGAGGAUAAUAAUGAAGGCAGAGUGAUACAUCUCCUACAGCAACCUGAGCUCCCCGUUUUCUCCAUUUUCAUUCCUCGAAGGAUACAGUGACCUUCACAUUUGCUGCCAGCCUGACAAGCUUGCACCUGGUAAACUGAAAGGUUGUUCCUCGUUGCCAAGGACAACACAAAGAAACCGGUGCAUUGGAGAGACUUGGUGUCAGCAGAAAAACAGCCCAUUGUUGUGGCAACAAAUGACAGUGUAUUUGUGAAGUUAACAGCAGUAACCCUACACUCCAAACGGACUAAUUUGCUGAGGAGAAAAGGGCCAGGAUGAAAGAACUGCUCUUUGUAGUUUCUCUCUUAGCGGGACUUGCUCUGACUGACUCUGUUCAUGUGUCUGAGUGGACCGGGGCAUGUCAGAAUCUGUGCAGAUGUGGAAUCCGACCCUGGUUUUCUCCUUUGUCCCUUUAUAUGGAGGCUUUAACUGUGGACUGUGAUGAUCUGGGAAUUUUAUCUCUUCCAGAAAAACUUCCCUCAGAUACACAGGUGCUACUGGCACGGAGCAACAACAUCGUCAAUAUUGAAAAACCUUUGAAUUAUAUAGUUAACUUAACAGAAGUGAAUCUAUCUCAGAACAAUAUAUCUUCUCUUAGUGACAUCUUUCUAGGUCACCUUCCUCAGCUUUUGUCCUUGCACUUGGAAGAGAACCGAAUAACCAGCCUUCACGACAACUGCCUUGCGCACCUACCGAACCUUCAAGAGCUUUAUGUCAACCACAACCUACUCUCGCUGAUCAGUCCUGGGGCUUUUCAAGGUCUCAACAAUCUUUUGCGUCUCCAUCUCAACUCAAACUGUCUGAGGGUAAUCAGACCAGAGUGGUUUCACGGACUCAACCAACUGGAGAUAUUGAUGAUAGGAGAAAAUCCCAUUUCCCAAAUACAAGAUAUGAAUUUCCAGCCCCUGAGUAAUCUCCGCAGUCUUGUACUGGCAAGGAUGAACCUCAGUGAAAUACCUGAUAGUGCUCUGGUUGGUCUCCAUAAAUUGGAGAGCAUCUCGUUCUAUGAAAAUAAGUUUGCAAAGGUGCCCCAGGUUGCACUCAGAAAAGUCCAAAGUCUCAAGUUUCUAGAUCUCAAUAAGAAUCCUAUUGAGAAAAUUAAUCGAGGAGACUUUGUGGAUAUGAUCCAUAUGAAAGAACUGGGUAUCAACAGCAUGCCAGAUCUGGUUUCAAUUGAUAGCUUUGCUGUUUCCAACUUGCCCGAGCUUACAAAGAUUGAGGCCACUAACAACCCCCGACUGUCCUAUAUCCAUCCCAAUGCGUUUUAUAACCUGCCCAGGCUUGAGACACUGAUGCUAAAUGAUAAUGCCCUCAGUGCACUUCACCGUGUUACAGUAGAGUCCUUGCCCAGCCUACAGGAAGUAAGCUUACACUCCAAUCCGAUUUACUGUGACUGUGUUGUCCGCUGGAUCAAUAUGAACAAGACUAAGAUCCGCUUCAUGGAGGCUGACACACUCUUGUGCACAGGACCUCCAGAGUUUGAAGGCCACCAUGUCAGACGCGUACACUUCCGUGAAAUGAUGGACACCUGCCUCCCAGUUAUCGCUCCGGAAAGCCUUCCAGAACGUAUCAGUGUGGAUGGUGGUCGCUCGGUGUCAUUGCACUGUAGGUCUUUUGCAGAACCAAAUCCGGAGAUCUACUGGAUCACCCCUUCAGGAGAAAAGGUCCUACCAAGAAUGGCUUCAAGCAAGUAUUUGGUGCAUCCUGAGGGAACACUGGACAUAUUUAACAUUUCUGAGAGUGAAGCAGGUCAAUACACCUGCGUAGCCCACAAUGUCAUGGGGGCAGAUAUGAAGUCUGUUGUAAUGGUAGUGAAUGGGUACUAUCCAGAACAUUUAAAUGGAUCUUUGCAUGUACAAAUCAAUUUGAUACAACCACAUUUUGUAAAAAUAUCUUGGGUACCACCUAAGAGCAGCUUUGUGUCAAAUAUCAAAUGGUCCACCACGUCUUUGCGCUUCACAGCUCGUGUACCAUCUGACGUAAAAAUGUUUAAUCUGACAAACUUGCAGCCAUUGACACAGUAUGAGGUAUGUGUAGAAAUUAUAGACCUGCAAAGGGGGCAUUUAAGAAAUUGUAUUAAUGUCAGUACACCUGAGCAAGCUGCUCCAGUGAGCAAAUCUGACAAGAGCAAAGUGGUGAUGAUCAAUGCCAUUGGUCUGCUUUUGAUAGCAUCUGCUGUAACAUGUUCACUCAUCUACAAGUCUCUGAAGAGUAAUCAUCUUUACAGACGGUUAAGUAAUCAACAAACAGUGACACCACAGGAUCCCAGUCCCUGCCCCUCUUCCAACCUCAUGCAGCUAGCAAGGUCUGAAGUGGAUGCCUCUGUUUUGGACUUAAACAACACUAUUUAAGAAACUCUUUUAGAAAGAACCAAGGUGGGAUACAAUGGACACAAGCCUGUGUGACUCACUAUCCCACUUUCUGAGUUUCUGCUGGAACACUGCAGGAGGAAAUCAGAGGCAGAUCAGGAGUCAUCGUCCCUCCCAGAGCGUUUUGUGACAUUGUCUCAACUCAACACCUCCUUUAGUGUAAAUGUCACAUGUGGGAAUCAAUAUCCUCCAGAUUGGGCUGCCUGGAGAGCACUGUUCCUUCAGGCAGGUUCAAGGCACAGAACAUGAAAGGUUGUGUCCAGAUGCCUGACUGUUCAUGUAUAAUGCAACUCCACAGUGGCUUUUGUUUCUAUUGUGGGCUUGUAGCAAUACUCUUUGCUCUGUCUCAGUGCGAAAGUAAACUUUACGAUCCACUAUGUUCAUAGAGUAGAUCACAACACAAUGUACAACACUUUGUGAAAAAAAAUACAUUUAUACAAAAAACUGUGAAUUAGACUUUUUUUUCUGUUUUUUAAACAAGACUCAUCUAACCAUUUAACCAGUUAAAAAAACACGAUCACCCUUUUUUUUUUUUUUUUUUUUUUUUUUUAAACAAUAUAAGCCAGAUUUGUUGCCUUUUUAAACAUAUAGUACAAAUUAGAUGCUUGCUUAAAAACUCAAUAUAUAGAGUAUGCGAUCUUAACAUCACACAGCACAAACACACAUCAAAUGUCUUUGAAGAAAAUGGCUUUAGCUCCCAUCUUGUGGUUGUGGGGUUAUUGAUGGCUUCACAUGCACGGCUGACGACUGGAGAUGUAUAAAAGUGGAGGAGGUAGAAAGGAAAUAGGGGCUAUCACAAAACUUAUUGACGUCAAAUUGCAUUAUAUUCUUUUUCAUUAAAAAUCCAAUAUGAAUUCCCAAUCGCCAAACACCCACAGGUGAUGAAUCACCGUCACAAUGCGAAUGAUGUGGGGGAUUUAUCAGGCAGGCAUGGCUAUAUAUCACCAGAGGGGUUUCAGCACCACGGACAGGGCUUUUAGAGCUUGGCUAUUUGUCAUAGACUCAGAAGCUAAAGCAUGAAUCAUCAGAGCAGGAUGUAGUGGAUAGGUCAGCAGGAACACGAUGCAGCUGGACUCGACUUCCUACUGUGACCCUGCUGAGGCUGAUCACCCUUAUGGACAUAGCUCAGCAAGCAGGACGCUCAUUUGUCAGGACUCAUACCGAGCAUGGGCAAGACAGGUAACGAGGCAAAAUGGCUGUGCGGUAAAGAAAAAAAAUAUUAAAAAAAAAAACCUCUUUGACUAGAUGACUAGUAGUCUUAAGUAAACUCCAUAGUUAAUGCAAAAUCUAUUUCAGGACAUUAUUAUGUUACAUUAAAUAAUUAACCUGCAAGCAAAGGUCACAUCAAACCACUCUUCAAUUGACAGCCAUACACAGGCUACAAAUAAAAUUUCCAGCUUCAAUGUUUUUUUUUUUAGGCUACAAAAGUAAAUAAAUCAAAUAAUUGAAUAACUGUGCAAAUGAAUAAAUCUGUUUAUCAUACUAUGACCUGCUAGCUCAGCUGAAAUAGUUGUUUCUGAAACUCAGUGCACAGUGUGGAAGCUCCUUAUAGGUUAAAGAUUUAUGAAGUAUGCAAUGUCUACAGCAGUGUCUGGAAAGUUGUCUGAACCAUGUUCAGCUCUGGCCUCUGUAGUGCACCGCUGAUCUGACUCUAAACCAACUGAGUGGGAUUGGAUAGUGAUGUGCAACCUGCAGCUCUCAAAGCACUCUUUCACACAGCGCUGGGCAUGAUGAAAAUCACCUUAGCCCAGCGUAAUGAUAUUAUUUAGCUUUAAAGGAUGAAAAAAUAACUACAGAAGGAAUUCCUUUGGGAUCAGGCAGGAGUGGGAUUGAAAAACAGUCUUGCGCACACCUCUCUACUACAUCAAAGUGAUAUCGAAGUGUUAGUGUGCCAUUACAGCAAAAGAAAAUAAAAAAAAAAAAGACUUUUCCCAGUGUAGUCUUGUGUAGUUGACUGUAGACUUGACUUCAUCUAGUCUGAAAUAUUUUUAGACUAAAAAAGUACACUUAGCCUGCUAUUUUUACCGUCUGCCUUGCUGUUUUUUCCACUGCUCUGACUAGUUAACAUCCUCACAACUAGUUAAUGUAUUAGCUGGCUACUAGUAGAUGACUAGUGUGUGUAACUUUAAAGGACUUGGAUAUCACACCAUAAAAGCAGUGUUGAAAAAGAUUAUAAUAUAGCAUUUAAAUAAAAUGAAGUAUAAACAGCAGUGAGGUCCAUUAUUUGGUUUAUUUGUGUAUAUAUAAAGCUUCAACUUUAGUAACAUCAAAAUCUAUUAUUUAAAACGUAAUAACACCACCAUCAGAUUAUCCAUUCUUGUACACCUAAUGAUUUUAUUCCAACGUUUAAGUCAGUGUAGCUUGCAAAAUAGAUGUGCUCUGAAAUGGAUAAAGGAAAAAAAAAAAAGAAUAUUGCUAGAAAGAAAAUAGCUUAAAAACAAUCAUCUUAACUGCAUUGGAACAGAAAUUUUCAUUUGAAACUCACUACCUUCAACUUUAGCAAUGCCAAAAUCUAUUAUUUAAAAAGUGAUAACAGUACCAUCAGAUUCUUGGAAAUGAACCACACACUGCAAUACACAGAAAUAAAGCUCUGAUCUUCAAUCCAACAUAUACUCAACACUGGUCCAUCUUGAGUCUAUUAAUCUACUUAAUUUUAUAACCAUAUGUUGUAAUCAUUAAUAUGACACAUUGUGUGUAUAUGAAGAUACACUACCACUUAAAUAAUGAGAUUUAAUUAGCAGCUGAUAAUAAGUAAAUGGACACACCCUUUAAUGAUUUGACAACCAUUCACUUUGAUUUAUUUGCUUCUCACAUGGGAGUAUUAAAGUAUUAUGUAAUUAUGUUCGUUAUAUCUUCAGUGUGUAUGUAGAUCACAAAUUCAGCAAUUCUGCUGUAAACCUUGGCUCAAUAAACAUAUAGAAUUCUUGUUUUUUUUUAAGGAAAUGUACUAUAUGGUUAGCUGUAGUGAUAGAAAGGUGACACCUUUAAAAAUGUCUUACAGGAAAAUCUGAAAUAACCCACAUGCAACCUAAGCGCAAGAUUUCGCAUGAACUCUGUAUAUUCCAGUCAUGAGUUUUUUUUUUUUUAGUGGACCAAAUUGGCUGCAAAAUUUAAAAAUAAAAAUGCUGAAAUGGCUCAGUAAUCCCAUAGCAGAACAUUGUCAUACAAUCAUCUCUCAUUUCCCUGUUCAUACUGCUCAUAUAAAUGUAAAGGAUUACACAUUACAUAGGACAUAUCAGACUGAAAUAGCAGGGAACACCAUUUUACCUCCCCUGCCUUGGCUGCUUUAAAUGUCUUCUGUUAAAACACGACAUGGAGGUGACAGCACUAACGCAGAGUGAUCUCAUGAACCGAGAUGCUCUGGCUGCACCAGUAUCUUGGGAGGAGUCAGUGCUAAACAAGACAAGGACAAAAUAUCUCAUUAAUAACGACAUCCAUUUUCAUUUCUUGACUAGCACCGUGGUUUCCUUGCCAACAGCCCGUAGAUACAGCAGGAAAUAACCUUAUAUCCUAAUAUCCUAAAUGCUGUAUUCAUUAGCACAUACCUAACAUGCAAGAGAUGCAUCAGUGAGAGGGAGGAGGGGAUAAAAAAGGCAAGAGCAAACACAAGGCUUGAUAUUACAUGCCCUUCACGAGAUCCAUCGAGCUGCAGUUAAUCUUUUGAAAGAAAGGAUGAGAAAUUCCUGCACUGCCCUUUUCGCAGCAGCAUCAGAAGCCCAGUGCUUAACGCUCCACUGGGAUUGCACAUUUUGUAAUGAAUAAUUUACCUUUUCCUAAUGACCCUGCGAGACGGUUCGUUUAAGCGCUGCCUUUCGCUCUGAGCGAGGUGAUUAGAGUCAGGAGCCAAGGUGAGAAAGCUAGAUUAGAGGAAAUUAGUGCAGUUCAGACAACGGUUACUGGAAGCUGCCUGGCAGGAGAGACUGAACUAUUCAGGUAUUACCAUGAAAUGAUGCCUCUGGAGAACAGCUUUAGAUUGUUCCACAGUAAAAGAACUUAAGGUUAAUUUACCAUGACCAGUGAUUUGUACUGGAAUUUGGGUUUUAUGUGCCUGGCACAAAACAUGGGCCAAUUUGUCUAUUUGUGUAAACUGACAACCUAAACACUAUUAAUAUCUGUAUGAAAUAUCUGCCCUUAUGCUCUAGCUACUUAAUCAGCCAGUCGACGACUCAGCCAGCAUUAAGGUUUGAUUAAUGAUGACCAUAUAAAUAUAUGAGCAAUAAAGUAGACAAAAAAUGCUUACUCUCUUUGUAGAACCAAUGGGGGGCACAUGGAUAAAUACUGCACUAAAUCAGCUUAUAAAACACUACAAAUACAGUAAAUGUCCACUUGAAGAAAAAUGAUUUAAUUCGGUUAAGUCAGUGUAAUUCACAAAAUAGAAGUGCUGUGAAAUGGAUCAAGGAAUAAAAACAAAAAACUGAAUUUUCCUAGAAACAAACUAGCAUGAGAAACAAUCAUCUUAACUGCACUGGAACAGAAACUUUCAUUUGAAACUCACUAGCUUUUUGUCUAUCCUCAAAGCUCCCAAAUGUUUUUGGAUCAACAUCAUGCCUGAUUUCAUUCCUUGUGCCAUUUUACAUGAGCUGUGCAGCACAGCCUAUGACUUUAUGGCUUCAAUCAAGGUACAGAAAAGUCACAUGAACUUCACAUAAGAAAAGUCACAUGAUUCAUGAUGUGAAACUUACAAAUGUGGUUUUUAGACAUGUCACAUGCUAUGUUGCACACAUUUUUCACAUGUAAUGCAUGUGUUUUUAUUAUUCACGUGAUUAUUGCACAACGUUAAUUUAAUUUCACAUGUUUAUUUUUCACACCUGAUUUUCUCACAUGAAUAAUUCUUUUCCACUUGUGAUCGCAUAAUUGUUCAUAUGAUGUCACGUUUACUUACUGUACGUUGAUGUAUGUGCAAUUUCAGGGCAUAACACUGAAAUGCACGUUCACAUGUAGUCACAUUCGCUUCACAUAAUCACACGUGAGAAAAAUGUAUGGUCACGUGAAAUGUAUGUGAUUUUUCUGUAAGAUAAAUUAAAACUUACUAUAAAUGUUUCUCAACA